AUGUUUGAUGCUACCCCCAAACGUCGAACGACCUUUACGCCCCGUGAAGGUAAUCGCUCAUCACUGACUAUAAACACCAACAGUACUAAGGGAAGAAUGACGGAAGGUGUUUCAAGCCCAACAUCAUCCCUUAAGGAAUCGCCAAUUAGAUCGAAUUCUUACUACAAAACUCCAAAGAGAAGAUCCAGCAGCACCACAAAGAGACAAAGUGUUAUUAUGGACGAUGAAAGAGAGGCUGAUGAUUUCGCUAAAUUUCUAAGCCCAACAGGAGAGAAGUUUUACCGAAAACUUUCCGAAGAGGCCGAGAUGCAGCAACCACAAACAAUCGAUACAGAGGAGGAUGAAGUAGACUUUAAAGAGUUCCAAAAACUUCUAGAGAAGAGUAAACUGAAUGUAGAGAGAGGCGAAGAUGAUGAUUCAGUUAGACUCCUAAGACAACAACUCACUCAAGUACAACAAAUCAAAUAUGAGAAUCAAAAGAAGCAAAAACUCAUAAAUGAUUUGCAAAGACAGGUCGACGACUUGUUGCAAGCGAGAGAUGAGGGUAUUCAAUUACGAAACGAGAUUAACAUUUUGAGAGAACGAGUAAGAGCUAAGGAUGAAGAGCUAAAGAGGCUAGAGAUUGAAUCCAACGAUCGUAUCACCACACAAAAGGGAGUUGAGAAGCAGCUAAGAGAUGAAUUGCUUCAACUCCAGCAAGUUCUUACUGAAGAGAAGACCAAAAGAGAUGCAGAAUCAUCUCAAUUCAAGAAGGAAAUCGAACAAGCAAGAGAAGAAGUUGCUAUUUCUGAGAUGAAGAGAGGAGAGCUCGAAAAGGAGUUGGCAGACCUUUCCAUUUCUUUGAAAGAACAACAAGAGCUUCAAGAUAAGAGAAAUAAGGGACAAAAAGAGCUUGCCGAGAAACUUCAAGAACAAAUCGAGAUUCUUCUCAACACUAGAUCCGAGCUUACCGACAAGCUCAAUGAGGCAGACAACAAACUUAAAAAGAGCCAAAAGUCAAUCGAAGACAGAGACUUGGAGAUCGACAAGCUCAAGAGAAAGAUUGACAGACUCGAGCAAGAAAAGCACGAACAAAACAUUACUUUGAACCAACUUCAAAACAACAUUAUCAAUUUACAAGAUAAGGUGUCCGAGCUGCAUGUGGAAGAGAAUUUGGUCGAGGAGCUCAAGAAGGAUUUGAGUAUCAUUCCAGAGCUAAGAAAUGAAAUCACUUCUACCAGAAAGAAGUUGGAAGAAACUCAAAACCAACUAGACAAAGAGAACCACAGCAAGCAGUUGGUAACUGAGGAACUAAGAAAGAUGAGUGAGAUCAAUGAUAAUCUCGAGUUGUACAUUGCUGAUCUCAAGGAUGAGAAUGACUCUCUCAAGGACAAAAUUGACGAACUUUCUAAGGUUAGGGCCGAGAAUGAUUUCCUCCAACGAGAACUCUCUCAUUACAAAGAGACAACUGAACGAUUGACAGAGCAAUACAAUGCUACUGUUCAACAACGAGACCUCAAGGAAAGUGAGAUCAACUCAGCCCAUGGAGCCUUAGCGAGCGAAUUUUAUGCCUUGAUGAAGACAAUUGAGCAUGUCAUGGAAGGCCACGAGUACAACCGAACUGAAGAUGACACUCAAAUCAGCAAGAAAGGUAUCGAGUCUGUCAAGCCAAACUACAAAGGGCUCAGAACCAAGGUUAUGGAUUGCUUGGAUGAACUCAUUCUUUCCAGAGAUAAGAACAGAAUUUUACAAGAAGAGCUUGAUGGCUUAUCCAACAAUUUCCAAAACCUUAACCAUGACCACUCUGACACAUAUAAGGAGCUGAUCAACUUGAAGAAGCAACUCUCCGAUAGCGAGAAGGUUUGUAGAGCCCUUAAGGAACAAAAACAAGAGCUUGAAGACAGCGUCAAUGAGUUGGAGGAACUCUUAGACAACCAUCAAGAAGAAGAAAAGAACAGAUUGAGAUUUGUCUACUCUUUGUACAAGUUGUUGAAGGAAACUCCAACCAAUGACAAGAGAAACGGAUCCCCUCUAAGAGGCAGAUCACAACCAGCUGAGAGUGAUGAGCCUAUUAGCUGGGAGACCUUCCAGUCCUUAUUCUCUGAGCAAGUGACCACUCACCUCGUUGAAAGAGAAUCCUUGAAGAAGGAAGUGGCCUCUCAAAAGGAGAAGCUUAAUGACCAAGCACAAAAGCUUGAGGAAGCUUUCAAGACCAUUAAGAGCAUUACAGAAAAGUAUGAAGCUGAGAAGAAUGAAUUGCAAAAGAAGAGUCAAAACGAUCUUGAUGAACAACGAAACAAGUUCGAACAUCAAAUUGAAAUGCUUGAAAUUGACUACUCUGAAAAGAUCAAAGAAUUAGAAGACACCCUCCGUGAACUUCAAGAACAAUUCUCUGAAACAUCUGGCAAGUUGAAGAAGUCAACCAUGAUUGUUGAAGUUCUAAAGACAGAGCUCAGAGAUUCCCAACUCGAGCAAGGAAAGUUGCAUGCCGCUCUGAAAUUGGUUGCCAGAGGUUUGAGACCAAUGAAGAAUAGAAUUGAUGAUCUCAAGAUGCACAAGUCAGUUCUUAAGUCUCAACUCAAACAAUACGAAAGAUUGUUGAGAGGUGUGUAUGAAACAGUCAAAUCUCUAUCCAAUGAAUUUGAAAUUAUUCAUGAAUUUGAGUUCCCCAAGGAAUUCUCCACUGAAAAGACCAAGACAUCUUUCAGAGCAGCAGUUAUUGCCGUUAUCAUUGGAAACCGAUUCAACAAGAUGCUCAAAGAAAAGAGAGAGGAAAAAGAAUCCAAUACUCUGUACUAUACUGUGGGAGGAGACAAGUUGGCGUUGUUGUCAGCUGAUGCAAUCAAUGAUAACAAGGACUUCCAAAUUUCCAACGAUGAAUACAAGGGAGCUGUUCAUACUUAUCUCCAACUCGUGAACCAUCUUGAUCCUCAAUUUGAAGAGGAGAAAGAAGACUUCUCAAUGAUCAGAAGUUUGCAAGAUGGUCUCUCUUCCAGUAUCAACAGACACAUUAUUACUGGAUAUAGAUUCAACGCAUCAGAGGCUUUAUCUACUCCAAUCAAGAAGCAGGCUAAAAGCAUUGUUCAUCAAAGCCCACAAAAGAGAGGUUUAAGCGUUGUUCAACAAACAACCAUUGGAGUUGUUAAAGCCCUUAGAGAAUUGAAGGCUGAAAAGACAAGUCUUCAAAAGAAGACGAUGCAAUUGACCGAGGAGGUGGAAAGACUUUCAAAGAAAGUUGAGGAGACUGAAGAAAUCAUCAAGAAGAAGUCUGACUUGAUUUCAUUCAUGGAAAAUAGAAUUAAUGAUCUUGAGGAAGAAAAUCUUAAUCUUGUCGAGCCUGAAAAAUAUGAACUCAUCAAAAAGGAAGUUGAAAAGCUCAGAUCCAACUAUACUACAGUUCAAUUUGAGAAAGAGCAAUUCAAACAAGAAUUUGAAUCUCAACUUAGUCAACUCAACCAAUACAGAUCAGACUUGCAAGAAUUGCAAGAUCAACUUGCUGAGAAGUCACAAAAGCUUGACUCUGCCUUACGAGAAUUGGACUUGAAGAGAGAAGAAUGCAAUAAGCUGUUCAACACCUCAAAGAAGACUACAGAAAUGCUCUCUGAAUUGGAGAAGGAAAAGAGCAAGUAUGAGAAUAUGGUGUCUGAUUUAAGACAAAAACUAUUCAAGAAGCCAGGCAAAGAUAACUCAAUCUUUAGUGACAGCGAGCCAGUCUCAUCCUCCUCUUCCACAACUGCUACUCCAUCUACUUCCAAGUACAUUUCAUCUGCCACUAAGUCAAGCGCUUCAUCCUCUGUUCAAUCUCUCAAGACAGAAGAAACUCCAAAGCCAUCUUCAGCAUAUUCCUCUCAAAAAUCGACACCUUCCUCUUCAUUUGGCUCUGUCAAGAAGAAGGUGGAAAGAGAUUUGUCUGCAAGCCAUAAGAUUAUGAAGACACUCAACGAAUCCAACGCAAAGACCAGCAGAGAAGUUCAAGAAUUGGACAAGGAACUCAAGAAUGCAAGAGCUCACUUGGCUGAGUUACAAAAUAGCUUGAGCCUCAGUGGAAGCAGUCCAGCAAGAAAGAUGACAAGCCCUGGCAGAAAGAGAGGCAUGACUGUUGAAGAAAUUUUAAACAGAUCCAAUGAGUUUGACUAUGAUCAAUAUGAAGAAAUGACCUCUUCAUCUCGCUCGAAGAAAUACUCUCAAUACUAG